GCUCCAGAUGUAUAUCAGAAUACUCCAACAGUAGUAACAAUAAUGCUGAUAACAAUUCCGAAGAUUUCAAUUAUGACAGCACUGUAUACGCUAACUCAGGAGCUUAUAAAUACAAAGGUGAUGUAUGUACUACUAUUAGUGGCAAUAACUUCCAUAAUUCUAGGGACGGUAACAGAUCUAGUUCAAACACAACUAAGAAGACUUCUGGCAUUUAGUACAAUUAGUCAUGUAGGAUUUAUAGUACUAUGUCUAAGUCUAGGGACAGAAUCAAGUAAUAAUGCUCUGAUAUUUUACAUAGUUCAAUAUAGUCUAUCAACCAUUCUCAUUUGA